AUGUGGAAAAGAACCAGAAAUGCGGAGUACUUGAUGAAGAUGCUAAUUUUGGGCAGAGUGGAACUACAGCAACCGCCUCAAGCGCGAUCCUACUAUCUUAAUCAAAGAAGAGUCAUAAUUGUUCUAUUACGGGCGCGUCGUGAUUCUCCAACCUUGGCGCAUUACUUCAUCGAUUGUGGCGAAGGUGUAGGAUCUGUUUCAUACCCCGGUCCGUCUGAUGAAAUAGUAAUUGCGGAUUUAUUGCUGACCAUGUCGGGUGUUGAAAUUUGA